AUGUUUCAUUCUUGGCAAACAAGUAAUGCACAUGCAUAAAUACCCCAAACCCAGAAGCAACUAAACCAUAUGAACAAUCUCAGUCUCAGAUUAAAACUAAUCCAACUAAACCACACACAUUCUCAAGGCAAAAAUGGCAGAUUCCAAUGUGGUUCUACUGGAUUUCUGGCCAAGCUCUUACGGAAUGAGAGUGAAAAUCGCUUUGGCAGAGAAGGGUAUCUCGUAUGAGUGCAAGCAAGAAGAUUUAGAAGCUAAAAGCUCUCUGCUUCUAGAGAUGAACCCAGUUCACAAAAUGAUACCAGUUUUGAUUCAUAAUGCAAAACCCAUCUGUGAGUCACUCAAUAUUGUUCAGUACAUUGACGAGGCAUGGAAACACAAAUCCUCUCUGCUUCCCUCUGACCCUUACAAGCGAUCCCAAGCCAGGUUUUGGGGCGAUUACAUUGACAAAAAUGUAUACAAUGCUGUGAAGAGGGUAUGGUCGGGGAAGGGUAAAGAGCAAGAAGAGUGGAAGAAAGAACUGAUAGAAUGUUUGAAGAGGCUGGAAGAUGAACUUGGAGACAAGGCAUAUUUUGGUGGUGAAGAGUUUGGGUAUGUGGAUGUGGCUCUUGUUCCUUUCACUAGCUGGUUUUACACGGUUGAGACGUUUGGGAAACUAAGCAUUGAAGAUGAGUGUCCAACACUUGUGGCUUGGGCCAAAAGGUGCAUGCAGAAAGAGAGUGUGGCCUCAUCACUCCCUCACCCUGAACAGAUCUAUGCUUUUUCCCUGCAAUAUAAACACAGACAUGGACUUCAGUAGAUACAUGUCUGUUAUUACAAUUACGUUGUAAGAAGUAUAUGUACUACGUGUGUGUCUGUGUUUUUUUCUUGGAAGUUACAAUCUCUUGUUUAUAAAAUAAAUUACAU